CGACUACACACUUGAAAAGGCCCCCAUGGGGUGUUGGAAGAAAAUCAGAAAGAUGUUGGAUUUGUAUGACGGAAGUUGGACGACAGAAACUACACGGUCGGCCGUGGUGGAUAUCAUCGGCUGACGCUUCGAGGUGUGGGCAGCAAAUGUGUCCCUCGUUAUGCUGAUGUGCAAGAUCUCCUGCAAGUGUCGAUUCCGUGAGUGGAAGUGACGACAGUUACCAAACAAGUAGUCAUGGUUCAGAUCGGCCUUAUAACGGCCAGUGCCUAUUUCGCCCUGAUCGCACUCUGGUGGCUGAUUCAGGUCACGAAACGCUACCACUUCAUGAAACAGCGACACUGUGAUUUCUUUAACUCAGUUACCUACCCUUGUUGUGCCUGGGACAAGAAACACCCGGUAGAGGGCGUGUUCAAAGUGAUUUCUAGUCUCGCUAUAGCGAUCAUUUUAUUUUCUUUCAAUGGUGCUGCCAAAGUGGACUUCUUGACUAAUAGAGAAAUUGCAACGAUAUUCAUGUUUUUUAUGGUUUCGGGUGUGAUGGACAUUUUAGCCCGAUGGAGCGGGAAUACAUUCUACCAACAACUAGACUAUGUGGCUCUCAUGUUGUUUUUCACCAUCCAAUCAGUGGUUUUCGUGUCAAGGUCACAAUUCUCGGAGCAGCCAGUGACGGUGUUGUACUCGCUCAUGCUGUACACAUCCCUCGCCACCCUUGCUGCAACUGCCAUGGAAAUGAAGUAUGGGGAUCAGGUGCUGUGUCCAGUCAUGCGGAGUUAUCUCCUCUUGACUCAAGGGACAUGGGGCCUACAGGUGGCGUUUCUGGUCGAAGACAAAUCUCUCAUGGUCAACACUGACUCGGAUAAGAUCUUGUUGGUGGUCAUGUAUUUUACUUGGCAUUGUGGAAUUAACUUUUUCCUGAUUUUGUCGAUUUGGUUGAUUGUGUUCAAGAUGUUGCAAAAGCAGAUAUGUUGCUGUGUUGCCACGGACACCGCUGCCGGACAAGAUACCAUCUACCUGGAGAACAGGGUGCAUUUUGAUUAUCAUGUUUUAGACAGAUUCGAAUCUGAUGUUGAGUAAAGAACAAUAAGGAAUGACGAGGUAAAGAAGAUGCUGGUUGAUACGGAGCGUAACACACCUUCAGAUGGUGCUACCAUGGAAACUGUGUCAUCUUCAUUGUACAUCAGUACAUUGAUAACAAUGUCGACAUGGUUAAGUGAGAGCUCUUUGAAAAUAUCAGGGUCUUCCACAGAAGUAAAUAUCUUUCAGAAAUAUAUUUCUGAGUUCCAUGUUUUAGGAUCUCCCAUUGUUUGCCAGGAUGAAGCCAGUAUAUUUGAGAUUACAUAUUGGAGUUAAGUAAAUCCCCCCCCGCCCCCGGAUUAAUAAGCAGUGUCAACUAAGCAUGUAUUGUACAUGUCGGCCCCUCGAGAUAUAUUUCCUCUCCUAAAAAUGUAUGUUCUUGUUCCUGCCAGUAAGAUUGUCGUGAAGACAGUUAUCCCACAAUGCCUCAAUCUUCAAAGUGUAGUAUUAGUGUUGGCAAUCAUAACUCAGUAUUACGGGAGCAUCUUUGAGGAGAGCUGCCAAUGUUUUGUGUUAAUGCCCGGUUUAUGGAUAGUUUUGAUUUGCUCUGUUUUCCAGUUUUAAUAAACUUCAUUUGGGGAAGAGGGUCAAGUUUUAAUAAACUUCAUUUGGGGAAGAGGGUCAAGUUUUAAUAAACUUCAUUUGGGGAGGAGGGUCAAGUUUUAAUAAACUUCAGUGGUUGAGAGGGAGGGGCAAAUUGACUGCUGGGAAUUCCGUUUAUUGCUAAAAAUAGAAUGAAGCCAAAACUUCAAUCAAAACUCUCCAUAUUAGUCAGACAUUGAUACCGGAGUAUUAUGAUGAUUUGUUCUGACAUAUCUUUAUCAAGUUUAUUCAAUGUGGAUAUUGAUGAACUUUCUCUAGAAUUUUAUGACAGUUUUUGCUUUCACUUGGAGUGAAAGGGAUUAAUUAUUUUAGAUAAGUGUGUUUUCAUCCCUGGUUUAUUCUGACACUGCACAGCAGGACUGAACCGUCUUGCAUGUUCGAAUCAUUGGUUCUCUCCCUUUGCCUUGCAGGGCCACCCAAUAGAACAAGCUAGGGCCGGCUAUCCAUACAGAUCCCAUUUCUGGUGUCCCCCGCCGUGAUAUUGCUGGUAUAUUGCUAAAAGCGGCAUAAAACCAUACUUACUCACUCAUAUCGAUAAUUGUUCAUCGUUCUUCCGAUUAUCAAUCUUUUUACCCAGCCCUAGAACAAGCUAUGAGGCAUCCAAAGAUUCAGUGCCCCUAACAGCAUUAUGUGACAGACUUUAUAUGAAAGGAUGUGAAUGUGUCUACCAUGUCUACUGCUUGAAGAAUUGUGACAAUACAGAUGUUCUGAUAUUUUUUUCUAUUUGUGAGGUCUUCUGAGUUCUUUACAGGAUCCUACACACAGCUCUAUACAGGUCCUACUCACAGCUCUAUACAGGUCCUACACACCGCUCUAUACAGGUCCUACACACAGCUCUAUACAGGUCCUACACACAGCUCUAUACAGGUCCUACACACAGCUCUGUACAGGGUCCUACACACAGCUCUAUACAGGGUCCUACACACAGCUCUACACAGGUCCUACACACAGCACUAUACAGGGUCCUACACACAGCUCUAUACAGGGUCCUACACACCGCUCUACACAGGGUCCUACACACAGCUCUACACAGGGUCCUACACACAGCUCUGUACAGGGUCCUACACACAGCUCUACACAGGGUCCUACACACAGCUCUACACAGGGUCCUACACACAGCUCCAUACAGGGUCCUACACACAGCUCUACACAGGGUCCUACACACAGCUCUAUACAGGUCCUACACAUGUGGGUUUUAAUUCCAUUCUACAAAAUGUCUGGUUGUGUCUCUGUGCUGGAAUCACAGUCAGCCACUAUCUUCAUUACAGUAAUGUUGCAUUUUAAUUCACAAGUGACUUUCAAAUUUAUGUCAAGGAAUAUGAAUGUUAUGUCCAUGUGCCUAGCUACUUAAAUAUAUUUUAAUGUAUUUAAAUUUAUGUACAAAUACUGUACAAAUGGUAGAUGUGUUUUGGUACCACGCCAUGACUUUGUGUUGUUUACAACUUCUGGUCAAGCCAAAAUAUACCAAGUGCUGUAAUGAUGUAUUUACAUUUGAAAUUGUUGAGUUUUACACUUCGAAAUGAUUGUUUCUAUUGUGUCUCUUCACAUAAAUAAUGUGCAAUGUUUUCCUGGGUAAGACCAAUCUUCCAAGAUGUUGAAAGUCAUGACCAUUAUUUUCUUGUAAAGGCCCGAUAUAUUUCAUAUUCGGAGGAGGGAGGGGGUAAAAUUAUAUAUUCCCGAAAAUGCUUGGAAAAACAUUUAGUCUGUUUGACAUGCUGGUCGUUCUGAAACAAAAUAAGGGGGAGGUGUCAUAUUCUGCCUUACAGAAGUGUUUUUGUGUUUUUUGAUGUGUCAAAGAAAUGAGGACUGACACAAUUGUCUCACCUUUUUCUCUGUUUUUUUAAGUAUUAUUUGUUUGGGUGAAAAACGUUACUGUCUGCGCAUAAUGAAUAUAAUCAGGUUUUGUUUGUCAGAUCCAGAUCCCCCUUUUGAAAAUCACAAAAAUGUGGUAUACACAUGUGGCAGUUUAAUAUUCCACCCAAAAAUACAGUGGACUCGGCAUCUGCGUUCUCCGACACUCUUUAUAAACCAGCAUCUAUCAGCUUCCCGUGGCAUGGGAGUUAAAUGACUUUAAAAGGCCAGUUUCCAACCUUGCCGAACUUGGCUUGAAUUAUGGAGUUACAUUUUGGCUGGAUUAACAAGUCUAUGGAUAGGCCAAUCAAAAUCAUGUAACAAACUUGACAACCGGUUGGUUUUUAAUGUGCAGAUUUCCGUCGACUGCAGGAUUUGCAAAGAAUAUGUACAGUCAACUGGGCAUCGAUUUUGCAAAUCUUUUCAUGUUUUUAAUCAAGGUGCUCAAUUUAUUUGAUGCACUGCGCAGGGUAAGACCCGUUUUAUUACAAUAUAGAUCUUAAUUAUUGAUCAGUUCGUCUUGCCUGGGUGCUGACAUUUUGUUUGAAGCAAAUGCAAGGGAUAUGUGAGAUGGAAACUGAUUGGUCAAUAGAAGGGACAUCAUGUAAUAGCUACUGGUGGUGCUCCGAUCGAGCCUGGAAAUUCCAGCCUAGUUCGGCAAGGGUGGAAACUGGACUUUUAUAGUCAGUUAACUCCCUUACCUCAGGAAGAUGGGUAUCUGUGUACUCCACCACUCUCUAUACGCCGUUAUCUGAGUACUCUGGCACUCUAUCAACCAAUCUUUAUUUCCGGUCCUGGCAAAAUUUGUUUCAAACAUCAUUAUUUAAACUCCAGCCUCUGCCUGUCCCAGUCUCCAGUCACCUCUCUAUUGACCAGCAUUGCUUCCUGACGAGAUGAUUACCGGCCCAAGAGGAUUACACGGACAUUUGGUUGUCUUCAAUGUAUCUCCCUUCUGUGUGGUCUGCAUUUUUGAUGCCGUAUCAGACAGAGGACAAAGUACCUUGCAAGGAUUCAGUCAAUACAUUGUCAUCGGUAAAACAGUUGCCAGCUGGCCAAGAGGUUUUAAAACUGUUACACAUCACCUGAUUGAAGAUGCCAUUUAAAUUGUCAGUCUCUGAGCAUGUUGUGAAUACCGUAGACAUUUUGUAUCUAUGUUUUGUUUGUAAAACAAUUUAGUUUGGCCUUACCUAAUAAGAGAAAAAUAACUGCAUGUUUUGUUUUUAUCAUAGAGGAAAUACCCCACUUUUGAAACAGCAUGUAUUUAUACUGUGUCUUCUGUGAUUGGUGCCAUGUUACCAUGGUUACAGAAAGUAAUUUUUUUAUCUACAGUCUGAUGUUAACAUGAUUAAUGUUCUAGUCCAGGUAUACAGGUACUCUAUGCUGUUUUUGUAUGUUUUCCAUUGUGCAAUAUUCUGUUCACUGGGUAAUUAUCAUCCUGGUUAUGAAAUAUUCUGUAUAACACCCUAUGUUUUAUAUGACAAUAGUUAAACUGUCAUGGCCAUUAAAUGUACAUGAUAGUUUAACUUAAGUCAUAUGAAGAAAUCAGGUGUUCCUCCACUUCUUUGGAGUAGUAUAUAUGUAUUGCUGCUGUACCUGUGUGUUGGCCUGAUUGAUGUGACCUGGGAUAGGCGAGAACUACGCUACUGGUCAAAGGCCUGUCUUCAGCGUGGUUUAAUCUGCAGUGCCUGAAGUUAAGCUGUAUUGGUGGAAUUACCAUCUAGUGUAUUAUGUAUUACUUAGUACUAAGGUCAUGCUAUAGGUACUCGUCUGAUGAUUGAACAUCUUUAUAUUAGCAGCUUUUACCAGUCACCCAUGCUUUGCUUGUCGUAAGAGGCGACUAACGGGAUAGAGUGGUCAGACUCGCUGACUUGGUUGAUGCAUGUCAUUGUAUCCCAAUUGGGUAGAUCGAUGCUCAUUUUGUCGAUCACUGGAUUAUCUGGUCCAGACUCGAUAAUUUGCAGACUGACGUCAUAUAGCUGGAAUAUUGCUGAGUGUGAUGUUAAACGACAAACAAACAAACAAACAAACCAGUCAGGGUAUGUGCAUUCACUGACAUAACCUAAGCGAAGAGCUGGGUUUUGUAUUUGGAAUUAAAACUCCACUUUCGCAAGAGGCCAUCCUGAUUAAAGCUUUGUUGGCAUGGUUGUACAGCAGUGUUACAUUCCUUCUCCUGGUGGAGGUAUAAUAAUAAUAAUAAUAAUAAUAAUAGGCCGCAUAUUUCCACACCACACAGGGGCAUACUCAAAGCACUAUCAUUACCCAGUGUGCAUUCAACAAUCAUUCUCAGCUCCCUGAGGAUAAUACAACCCAUGCUGCCUGUUAGGCACUAGGUUAACAACCACAUCCUUCCUGGUACCCAUUUACUGCUGGGUGAACAGAGGCAUAGCUUGAACAAAGUCACUUGCUCAAGCAGACAUCACAUGUGGGGCUGGACCAAAGCCCUUGAAAUUCUCAAGCUGCCGAACGCGGUCACCCAUCCAUGGACUCUCCACGACGUUGCUUAACUUCACCUGAUUUGUCUCAUAGUAGCAUCUCUGCCAUACUGGGGGGGCACGGGUGGCCCAGUCGUCUAAGGCGCCGCAAUUCGCUGUGCAGGGUUGCAUCCCUUGGGCACGCCAGAAACCUAUGAUUGUGGGUUCGAAUCCCGGUUCGCC